CGAAGAGGAGCAGAAAGUUCACAGAAGUCCAAGAAGUGCAGCGGAGAUACCAGCAGCGGGACUAUGACAUGUUUCUUCCAUGAGUAGAAGAAGUGGUUAGCUGUAGAAGAAGUAGAAGAUGCAUCGUCCUGCAGACAUGAUGUCUUCUCUGUGCGUGCAAGCGUGCAGGACAACACACCGCUACAGAACUUUCAUGAUGGAGGAAAUCCUCACGGAUCACCACCAACAACAACAACAACAACAACACCACCACCAACAACAACAACUACUACAACAUCCACACAAACUUUCUGCUCCCACAGGAGAACUUCUCAAGUUCGGAGUCAACACACUCGUGUCCACUGCAGCCUUUCACAGCAUGCAUGUGUUAAAGGCGGACCAUGAGAACCUGGUCAAGUUCUCCAUGUCUCCCCUCGGACCUCCGCUGCUGUCCGCCUCCUCCACCCUGCAGCAGCACGGCGGCGCGUCUCACCACCACGUGCCGCUGGACCUGCACCUCCUGCGGGCUCACGUGGACCUGCAGGACGCCGCCGACGGCAAGAAGAACAAGAAAGGCCGCCGGAGCAGAACCGUCUUCACCGAACUCCAACUCAUGGGUCUGGAAAAACGCUUCGAGAAGCAGAAAUAUCUUUCUACUCCUGACAGAAUAGAUCUUGCAGAGUGUUUGGGUUUGAGUCAGCUUCAAGUGAAAACUUGGUACCAAAACAGGAGGAUGAAGUGGAAGAAAAUGGUGCUGCAGGGAGGCGGCUUGGAGUCUCCAACUAAACCCAAAGGCCGACCGAAGAAGAAUUCCAUCCCCAGCAGCGAGCAGGAAAGAAAUGUUGCUGCUGCAGAAACUACGAGUCAAGAAUCGAACUCGCACUCGGACCACACGCAGCUGCAAUGACGUCGUCAACACGCAGCUGCAAUGAUGUCAUCAACGCGCAGCUGCAAUGACGUCCUCAACGCGCAGCUGCGAUGACGUCAUCAACACGCAGCUGCGAUGACGUCAUCAACACGCAGCUGCAAUGAGGUCAUCGGCACGUCACCUUUUAACUUGAAACUUGAGGAUCAUUUCAAACAAGAUCCAUAAAUGUAGAUAAUAUUUGUAUAUUUGAUAACUUUAAUCCAGUCCUGAGUCAGCAACUCAACUCUCGUUUGCAGGAUCUCCAUCAU